UAUCCCAAACAUAGAUCCUUCAUGUUUUCGUGAAAGAAUGUGACAUUGUCACGAACAUGUGGGCAUAUAUACUGGAUUUACGAGGCGUCAAGCUUUCCGGAGCUUUGCCAAUCCUUGCCGUUUACAGCGUGGCAAGUAGAAGAUUUCAUUUGGUGCCUAAAUUCCAAGGCAAAUUUGUGCAUGGCAGCACAGACGAGCGGCGGAUUCCACAUUACAAAGAGCGGAAUUCAAGAUAUUGUCAUUUACAUCAGUCCAUCUCCAAAUACACAUGUGAAAAGAGCAAUGCUGUUGAAUCAGUGAAAACACACAAGUUUGCAUUAUAUCAACAUCAUAGUAGUCAGUCAGAAAACCAGCUGAAACUCAGGAGUAAAGACAAUCUGGGGCUGUUACCAGUACUUUAUCUACAACACAAAAACGAAGUAAGCUCUCUGAGCCGAAAGACCAGUUUACCUAUAGUGUUUCAAGCCAACAGGCAGCAGUCACUGAUUUCCUUCAUGCCAUCAGUGGAAUUGAAAAAUGCCGCUAAGAAACUCACAGACUUAAUAGAGUGGCUCCAUGUGCAAGACAUUGUGCACAGUGUAGGAAAAGUCUGGAAUGAAUCUCCAGAUGAUAUCAUCAUCCGACAUCACCCAACGUUUCCCAGUCAGGACAAUAGCAUAAUAAGCUGGGAAAACCAUCCUGUUACCAUGAUAGACUGUCCAUUUGACAAUUACUUGACGUUUAACAACAGUAGCCAGGGUAUGGUAUCCAUGGAUGCAACCAAGGUGAAGUACCAUGAGCAGCCAGAUCCAGAUGAGAAUAAUAAUGGCAGACCGUCAAAAGAACAACUGGCUAUUCUACAUCAUAAAUUAAGUGAUGAGAUGCCAAAUUUUUAUGAGAAACCUCAUGAUUUUAGUAUUUACUCAGCCAAUGUGGAAUUUGACAAUAGAUUGAUAGGAGUUAAGACAAAGGGUAAAUCAACAUACCAGUGUUUAGUACAGACUUUGAAGUACUCCAGCUUGAUAUAUUUAGUUGAUGCUGAACUGGAAGUUCUGAAACUAACCAUCAACCCUGAAGAAAGUAAUAUCAGAUAUUAUGAUGCAUUAUCUACAUUCUAUGUUGGCAAUGAUGGUUUGAUUCAUGUCCACAAAAUUGAUAAGGUCAUGCCAGAUUCACAGGUGAAAGAGAAGGUGAACUGGUUAACCAAAUUACGAUGGGCAAUGGGCAUCACAAGACCUGCAUAUGGUUUACCACAGUAG